UAAUUAUCUUAGACCAAAUAUGUAAGUUUCAACUUUGAAAAGAAAUAUACAAUUUUCAACGAUCAUAUUUAUAUAUAUAAUAUGAAUUUGGUGAUGACCAAGUUUAAGACUAAGACUAUGGCUUCACAAACUACAUUAAUACUCUUACUAUUCAUGUUCUUGUUCUUGUUCUUGGCACCAUUCAAAUCCAAAGCCCAAACUUCUACUCUUCCACAAGAUGAAGUGGAAGCUAUUAAAGAAAUAGCUACACAACUCAACAAAACAGAUUGGAAUUUCAAUGAUCCUUGUAGUAACAAAUCAACUAAUAACAUCCCACGUACAGAUCAGUACACCAAUGUCAUUACUUGCAAUUGUUCCAUUUCUCCUAAUAAUAAUUUAUGCCAUAUCCAAACCAUUGCUUUUACAGGACAAGAUCUUGAUGGGGAGCUUCCGAAAUCGAUAUGGAAACUACCUCAUCUUAAGGAAGUUAAAUUAGACCGAAACUUCCUCAGCGGUUCAAUACCGCGAGAAUGGGCUUCAACAAAAUUGGAAAGUCUGGUGAUUAGUGUGAACAAUUUAUCAGGAACAAUCCCUUCAUUCUUAUCAAACAUGACCACUCUCAAACGUUUGUCCAUGGAGAGCAACAUGUUUUCUGGAACUAUUCCAACUGAGCUUGGGAAAUUAGUCAACUUGGAAUAUUUGAAUCUUAAUGCAAACAAUCUCACUGGACAAUUCCCUUUGGCUCUCACUAAUCUCACCAACUUAAAAGAACUUAGAAUCAGUAGUAACAACUUUUCAGGAAAAAUGCCUGAGUUUAACAAUUGGAAACAACUUCAAAAAUUAGAGAUGGAAGCAAGUGGUUUCAAUAGCUCAAUUCCUUCUAGUCUAUCUAAUUUGAAUUCCUUAACAGAAUUAAGGAUUAGUGACUUAAAUGGGGAGAUGAGCUCAAAUUUUCCAGACUUAAGAAAAAUGACAAAUCUUGAAAGAUUGAUGUUGAGGAGUUGUAAUCUAAGAGGAAAUAUUCCAAAUUAUAUUCGAACUUUGACGAAUCUAACUGUCUUAGAUCUUAGCUUCAAUAAAUUAGAAGGGCCAAUUCCAAAUUUUGAAAAUAUUAUGGCAUUGGACACAUUGUAUUUAACAAGUAACUCACUCAAUGGACCUAUUCCGGAUUGGAUCAAACUCAGAGAUAGCCGUUACCAAAUAGAUCUUUCUUACAACAAUUUUUCGGAAUCAUCUGAGCCAUCUACUUGUAGAGAAACUUUCAAUCUCUUUCGAAGCUCAUCUGGACAGAAAAACAACUCAAUACUUAGCAAGUGUUUGACUCCAUGUUCAAAAGAUCAUUAUUCAUUGUAUAUUAAUUGUGGUGGAAAACAAACUACCAUUGGAGGCAUCACAUAUGAAGGGGAUCAGGACUCUGGAGGCGCUGCAAAACUCGUCCAUAACUCGCCCUCGUGGGGAUUUAGCAGCACUGGUGAUUUUUGGGAUGUUUGGAGCACCACAAAGGAUUACAUAGCUGAAAAUGUGUCUCUACUCAGAAUGAACAAUUCCGAGCUCUACACAACUGCACGCCUCUCGCCUCUUUCGCUAACUUACUAUGCUCGGUGCUUAGCAAAUGGAAAUUACACUGUGAAACUUCAUUUUGCAGAGAUAGUAUUAAGAGACAAUAGAUCUUAUUAUGGUGUUGGAAGGCGAAUGUUUGAUGUUUAUGUUCAGGGAAAACCUGUGUUGAAAGAUUUCAACAUUGAGAAGGAAGCUAAUGGAGUUGAUAAAGAAUAUAUCGAAGUAGUUAAGACAGUUGUGAGUCAUAAGACACUGGAGAUUCGCCUUCAAUGGGCGGGGAAAGGGACGAGGAAUGUUCCCAAGAGAGGAAUGUAUGGUUCCCUAAUAUCAGCUAUUUCAAUAAAGUCUGAUUUCGAUCCUCCAAGAAAGGAAAAACCAACAAAGUUCAUCAUUAUUGGAGUUGUUUCAGCUUUUUGUCUAGUUCUCAUAGUUUUAGGAAUUCUUUGGUGGAAAGGCUAUUUUAGAAAGAAAGAAUCAAAGGAUGAAGUUUUGAGAGGAUUAGACCUGCAAACUGGUUUCUUUACCUUUAAACAAAUCAAAGCUGCCACUGAUAACUUUGAUCCCGCGAACAAAAUUGGAGAAGGCGGAUUUGGAUCAGUCUACAAGGGUGUGCUAUUAGAUGGAACUAUUAUUGCAGUUAAGCAACUUUCAUCCAAAUCGAAGCAAGGGAAUCGAGAAUUUAUAAACGAAAUAGGCAUGAUUUCAGCUUUACAACACCCGAAUCUUGUCAAACUCCAUGGAUGUUGCAUUGAAGGAAAGCAAUUGUUGCUGGUUUAUGAGUACAUGGAAAACAAUAGCCUUGCAAAUAUCUUAUUUGGUACCGAAAAAAGUGAAGCGAAACUAGAUUGGAACACAAGGCAAAGAAUAUGCAUAGGCAUUGCAAGAGGUCUUGCUUUCUUGCAUGAGGAAUCAGCUAUUAAAAUUGUACAUAGAGAUAUCAAAGCCACAAAUAUACUUCUAGAUAAAGACCUUAAUCCGAAAAUAUCAGACUUCGGUUUGGCCAAACUAAAUGAAGAGGAAAACACCCACAUUAGCACUAGAGUUGCUGGAACUAUAGGAUAUAUGGCACCAGAAUAUGCAUUGUGGGGUUACUUAACUGAUAAAGCUGAUGUAUACAGUUUUGGUGUCAUGGCACUAGAAAUUGUGGCUGGUAAAAACAACAUGAGAUUUCGCCCGAAUGAAAACUUUGUGUGCCUUCUAGAUUGGGCCAUUUUCUUACAACAAAAGGGAGAUGUAAUGGAGCUAGUGGAUCCGAAUUUGGGGUCAAAAUUCAAGAAAGAAGAGGCGAAAAGAAUGAUUAAGGUAGCUUUAUUGUGCACAAAUCCAUCACCUUCACUUCGCCCCGCCAUGUCAACAGUAGUGAGCAUGCUUGAAGGUCGGACAACCAUCCCCGAAUUGGUCAUGGAUUCAAGUAGUCAUGGCGAUCCAUUCAAGUUCACCGGGUUGCGUGACAAGCUUGAUCAGAUUUCACAACAAAGCUCAAGUGAACCAACAACAUGGAGUGAAUCUUCCUCCAAAUAAUCUUUCUAUUUGCUUAGUGAGAGUUAACAUUAGAUAUGUAGCUAUGUUUAUAUCAUUUGCAUUUAAAAUUAGUUAUGUUUGUUAGUAUUCUUGGUUAUAAUCUGUUAACUAUGAUUAUUGUUGUAAAUGAAAUGAAAAAUAAAAACAACACAAUUGAUAUAAGUAUAAACUAAUAUUAUGUGGUUGUUUAAGGUCCAGAAAACAAA